AUGAUGGGGAGAAGUUCUAAAUUCUCGCUUGGGUCUUUGUCUAUAGUUGAAAUUGUGAAAGAUUUGGUCUUUUGGUGUUGUGAUCAUGCUUCGAAUUCAAUGAAUCUUGAGUUUUUGGUGUUGGGUGAUGUCUUUGUUGAUAUGCGUGAAACCAUCGGUCCCUCACACCACGUUAACUCUCAUGACUUACCCGAUCUCUAUGGUGUCGACUUGCCGAUCAAUAAAUUGUUUUUGGAUUCCAUAGUUGCAACACAGGGUACUGUAGAUCCCAUGUUGCUGGUCAAAGAAGCGGGCGCUAAGGUACCUCUUCCAUCAGACGAGGUCCCAGCCUUUAUGGGUACUGGGGUGUCUGUUCCACCAGCUGAAGUCUCUUCUCCUGCAGCUUCUUCUAUUCCAGCCAUUGUUUCUGAUUUCCUUGGGCUUUCUGAGCUAUCAGGAGCCCCUGCUGCUAUUUCAUUUGCUGCUACUUUCGAGGCUCCCGAUCUUCCAGAGUCCCCUGAAAUUUCUACUGAUCUUCCUCCACUUGCUUCCUCAUACCUUCCCAAGCUGCCUGAAGUGAUUCCAUAUCCGGUUGUUGGCGCUUAG